AUGCCUCUGGCUGAGACAAAGAUGUCCGAGAUCACGGUUGGUGGUUUCGGCGGAGCACAACUUGAAUGUGCAAGGAUAUCUUCUCCGCACUACGUUGAUGCUUCUUUGACUCUACCCUCGGUGUUUCGCUCAUGA